AGGAUGCCUAGUCCAGGUAAAAGUGGCAAAGGGCUGAGUAAGAGAAGCACCAAGCCCCACUGGAAGGUCUUACUGAAAAAUGUCCAGGGCAUUACGAAACCUGCCAUUCGCCAUCUAGCCCACCGAAGUUUUGUCAAGCGCAUCUCUGGGCUCGUCUAUGAGGAGACCAAGGGAGUGCUCGAAGUUCUGGAGAAUGUGAUCCGCGAUGCGGUGACUUACGUGGAGCACGCCAGAUGCAAGCCUCUCACUGCCAUGGAUGUGGUGUAUGCGCUGAAAUGCCAGGGCUGCACGCAGCUUCGCUGGCUGAGCUGUCCCUGCGGCUUACAUCUAGACUCCAAAAGGCCUUUUCUACGCCUCUCCCCGCCUCAUGUCCCGCCCCUCGGAAAAAAAGUAAAGAGUUUUUUAAUACGAUCUACUGUGUGA